CACCAUCACAAACAACAUCCCACCAUGUCGGUCCCUCCUGAGGAUUUGUCUCCUACUCUAAUUUUCCGUCAUAGGACCCGAUUGAACUCAGAUAGAGCCUACUCAGACUGGCAUCCUUCUACGAAUAGUCCAACCUCCACAGAACCGACGUCUCCAACGACUCGAAAUCGUUUACUUUUGUUCUUGACAUUACGGAGACACUAUUUUCUCAUCCUGACGCUCUCAUUUCUCGUUUCCUGUCUUCUGCUAUCAGUUUGCCAUGUCUUGGGGAAUGCAUAUCGUGCUCGAUAUCAACAAGCUUUUCUCAAGCCAAACCAACCUAAACUUUCAAAUAAUACAAUUGCCAUCAAUAUCGCUAAUUCCCGCAAGAGCAAAACGUAUAUCCCACCUCGCCCAUUUUCAAAGGCGUCGUCCAAUGAGAUAGAGGCCUCUGGUCCAUUUUCAACAGCCCAUAAACUAGGGUCUACUCGCACCGGCGCCGUUCCUGUGGUGUAUCGUACGGUCCUCGAACGAUUGGAGCAACUAGAUCGUCAGCAAGAAGCGUUACUCGCCCUUCCUAUAUCUCUUCCUUUCCUUGAUGUCGAGAACCAAUACCAUUAUUUUCCAAAAACUGUUGUGAAUAACCUUUGCCGUGACUCUCUUUGUCGAUUCCUCCUCCCCCUUCGCAUUGCAGAACAAGAGUCCAAAGCCCGAAUUCAUCUUCUCGAGAUCAUUCAAACAGCUAAGCGUCUUGAUCGGAUACUGGUGCUGCCUCGCGUCGGGAAAAGUAGACUCGGUCUAUGCUUUCGAUGGAGCUUUGAAGCAUAUUAUGACGAAGAUAUGUUACAGGAGACCUUACAUGAGGAAGGUGUCCGGUCAGUGACGCUAGAAGCAUUCAAACUCUGGCUUGACUCAGGUCCGGUGCCAUCACCCCGUGGUCAAUUAGUGUCUCUCUCAUCCAAAGUAGACUCGAACCGCCCAGGGACCGUGAACUUCACAGACAACAACAAUAGGCUGAUCACUUUUGUCGACAACGACCCUCUCACAUUACAAGAUCCUAGGCUCCCCGGAUGUUUUGGUGAUCGGUUCAGUGCGCUGAUUUUGAAUGAUUUCACGCCGGUAGCGAUCUAUCCAUCACCCGUAGUGAAUAAAUCCUUGAAGAAGCAGCCCGUCGGGGAAGAAUUUAUUUCUAUUCUUGGCCGAGAGGAUAUCCGCAAUGCCUCAAGGUUUCCGGCUCUGGGAGGAAUAUCACCUAAGAAUGAGCCGGAAGUACUCAUGCUGGACUGGGGUAUGCGGCAUCCCGUCUAUUCUCAGCCAUUCAAGGGUCCUAUAACAUAUUCACCUUUACUCGAACGACUAGCGACGACGCUGUCAUCUCCAUCGUCUCCGUAUCUAACGAUCCACUGGCGUAUGGAGAGUGUAUCUCCGGACGUAUUGCCCGAUUGCGCUCACGAUCUUGUCGAUACGAUUUCGAACCUCCUGCACUCUCCCGAUCUCAGUGAAGGCAUCCAGAAAGUGUGGUUUUCGGGCGAUUAUCCUGUACCUCUUGUCGAACAUUUGUAUCCGACCUCCGAUCGGGCUCAGACUCGAGCGACAAUUCAAAACAAGUCGGGCACCUUUAGGGAUUUUGGAGAGAAGCAUACGGAGGCUGUGAAUAUAUUGGUUGACGCAUUUCGAGAGGGGGCGGAGCUGGAUCGGUGGACUAUCACUGAUCUUACAGCAGAGCUUGCACGGAUGGAGAAAGAUAAUGAACUUCAUGAUGUUCAUCCUGAAUUCUUAGCCGAUUCGGGCGCUUUGGGAAUCUUGGACAAGAUGGUUGGCAUGGACGCAGCGAUCUUCGUAGGGGGCUCUAAGCGUUGUGGGAGGACAAGCUCUUUCACUAAACAAGUGAUUGACAGUAGGCAGAAAUUUUUUGAAAAAGACGGGUUAGUGCGGAACGUUGUUGAAUACUUUGGAUGAUCGUUGGUCUGUUCGGUCAAUACUCGGGUCCUCAUGGUUCUGGUGUUCAUUUCGGGUUCCAUCGAAGCAAUCGGUGCACCCUUACCAUUCAUGUCCUUACAGUUUGAUUUCGGAAAAGCUAAUUUUGUUAAUCCUGGACCUGGAUCUAUCCUGUAUUUAUCUCGCAUUCAAUCUGUAUUCCAAACAUAUCUUAUUACAGCGUGGACGAUGAGUUAUAGACUACUACGGUCACCUUACUUGUUGGAACGAAAUAAUGCCGCACUGAUCAAUUGCAAGCGCGCCGAGAAACUGUCAACAAGAGAAGAUUGUUUAGG